AUGGCACGUAGUGAUAUAUACAUUGCCAUUCCAUUUUCGACCCCAUUUGACCCGACUAUCUUCGUCACAGGGUUUACGCACUGGACAAGAGCACACUUCAAAGGUCAAAGAUACAAUAUCAUGGACUCCAACAUAGCUGAGUCAUGGAAUGGCGCCAUUAAAGAAGCAAGAGAGUACCCACUGAUCAUGAUGCUCGAGUACAUACGUACAACGGUGAUGGGUUGGUUGGCAUUGCGUCGUGCAAAAGCAAACGACGAGAAGGGAACAUUGACACCAAACGUGCGUAAACUUGUUGAAGAAAACUAUGACCUCUCAACUGUCUUAGCUGUGCGUGAUAUAAGUGAACUAGAGUUCCAAGUGCAAGACCCUAGGGGAGAGUGUUUCACUGUUAACUUAGCCGUUGGGAGUUGUUCUUGUAGAGAGUAUGACGAAAUUGGAAUCCCCUGUCCGCAUGCUCUAGCAGCAUCCUCGAAGGUUGGGUUUCCAUCUGACGCAAUGGUUGAACCAGCGUAUCGGGUCCCAACAUGGAGACAAGGAUUUGCUGGAAAAAUUUACCCAGUUCCUUCGGUUGGUGGGUCACAAGUAGGUUCUUCUACAACGGCCGAACUUCUUCCCCCUGCAGUCCGCAGACCAUCUGGACGUCCUAGGAAGGUUCGCAUAAAGUCUCGGGGAGAGUUCAAGAAGUCAGGACAAUCAUCAUCAAACAGGAGAUGCGCACGUUGUGGCCGGACUGGACACAACAGGGCAUCUUGCCGCAAUCCUAUAUGA